AUGGCUAAGACAUGCUCAGCCCAAUUGCUCCUGAAUUCAAAUUUUCUACGUUCGAGAUCCAGCAUCCACAUUAUACUCACGAAAAAUGUCAUGAACGCGACUUUCGCCUUUUUCGAUAAGACAAGUUUCGGGGAAAUCGUCAAUCAUUGCUCACAAGACAUGCAAGCAGUGGAUCAGGACCUGGCAGUCAUGGCAGUUGCUACUUCACAUUUUCCUGUGGCACUGCUCGGUAUCAUCACCCUUAUUGUCAUCAUCACUCCUGCGUUCCUUGUACCCGGAGUUUUCAUCGGUAUCUCUUAUUACAUGACUGGUGCAGUCUACGUUGCCGGUACACGAAAGAUCAGGCAAAUGGAGUCAACAUAA